AAUUAAUUUGUGAUGAGCAAUAAAAAGGCAUAAUUUUCUAAACACACUUUACAAUUAGCAUAAAAAUAUGCUUAAUAACUAAUGCAAAAUGAUGUAAUAGAACUAAAAAGUGAUGACGAUAAAGAUGUAAAUUCAUUUUCAUAUAGAUAGAUUAAAUCAGAGGAUGAAUAAUUAAAUUUAGAAGAAGAUUAAGAUGAAUAAUAAGAACAAUUAGAAGAAUAAUAAGAUGAUGAGAAUAAUGAUAUGAAUGAUGAAGAAGAUUAAGAUGAUUAAGAUGAUUAAGAUGAUUAAGAUAACUAAGAAGAUUAAGAUGAUUAAGAUAACUAAGAUAACUAAGAAGAUUUAGAUGAUGAAUAGAAUGAAGAAGAUGAGUAAGAAAUAGUAGAAGAGAAGGAAGAACCAAAGAAAUAAAAGAAAAUAAAGAAAUAAUAAUAGUAAGAAGUAGAGGAGUAGUAAGAAGAAUAAAUGGAAUCAUUCUAGUAAGAGGAAGAUCUAAAUGAUUAGUUAUUUGAAACAGAUCUGAAUGCUGUAAUGAAUAGGAUAAACAAGAUUAUAGAGGCACUAAAACAGAAAGAUUAUGGGAAAUAUAGUAGAGAAGAAUUAUUAAAUGAAUUAAGAAAACAUCUAUGCACAUAUUAUGGAUACAAUUAAGAUUUGAUGUCUCAUUUUUCAUCAAUGUUUAAACCAGCCGAAUUGGUAGCAUUCUUAGAUGCAAAUGAUGCUCCAAGACCAAUUACUAUAAGAGUUAAUACUUUAAGAACAAGAAGAAAGGAAUUAGCAUAAACAUUAGUGCAAAGAGGAGUUAAUUUAGAUUCAGUUGGAGAUUGGACUAAAGUAGGUCUGGUUAUUUAUGAAUCCAAAGUUCCUAUAGGUGCUACUCCAGAAUAUUUAUCAGGUCAUUAUAUGCUUUAAAGUGCUUCAUCGUUUCUUCCAGUAUUAGCUUUGGCUCCAUAAAUGAAUGAAAGAAUUCUCGAUAUGGCUGCUGCUCCAGGAGGUAAAACAACUUAUAUUGCAUAAUUGAUGAAAAAUUCAGGAGUUAUAUUUGCUAAUGAUACUAGUAAAGAUAGAGAAAAAGCUUUAUUUUAUAAUUUAUAAAGAAUGGGAGUUACUAAUUGUAUUGUUACAAAUUAUGAUGGUCGCAAAUUUCCAAAAGUCAUGAAGAAUUUCGAUAGAGUAUUGUUAGAUGCACCAUGUACAGGUUUAGGUAUUAUUUCUAAGGAUCCAUCUAUUAAAGCCUAAAAAUAAAUGAGAGAUAUUUUAAAACAUUCUCAUUUAUAAAAAGAAUUAUUAUUAUCAGCUAUUGAUUGUUGUAAAAAAGGAGGAAUUAUUGUAUAUUCAACUUGUUCAGUUAGUGUACAUGAAAAUGAAGUUGUCUUAUAAUAUGCAUUAAAUAAUAGACAUGUAAAAAUUAUUGAUACAGGUUUAUAAGUUGGAAAUCCAGGACUAUUAAAAUUUGAAGAUAAAAAGUUUCAUUCUUCAAUGAAUUUAGCAAGUAAGAUUUAAAUUAAAUUUAGAACGUAUUUAUCCUCAUGUUCAUAAUAUGGAUGGAUUCUUUUAUGCAAAAUUAAAAAAAAUUAAUCAUGGUCCUAUUAAAGAAGAAAUCAAAAAAGAUGUUUAAGAACCAUAAGUAAUGACAAAAAAAAUGAAAAAGAAAUAAAAAUAAUUAGAAAAGUUAAGAUUAGGAGAAGCUAGAAAAUAGUCAUAAUAAUAAUAACAACAAUAAUGA